AUGCCUUCAGCUUUCUUCCAACAAGCACUAAUAAAGCAUUAAACAAGACACAAGAGAGAGAGACACUUCUUCUAUCCUUUCUAGAGAGAUCAGGAAAACAUUAAUUGUUACUAUUAGGGAGAUGGAGUUUCCAGUUAUUAACUUAGAGAAGCUUAAUGGUGAGGAGAGAACUGCCACCAUGGCUAAGAUCAAUGAUGCCUGUGAGAAUUGGGGUUUCUUUGAGCUUCUCAACCAUGGAAUUGAGCCUGAGUUCUUGGACAAAGUAGAGAGCUUGACAAAGGGUCACUACAGGAAAUGCAUGGAGCAGAGAUUUAAGGAGAUGGUGGCAAGCAAAGGGCUAGAAGCUGUCCAAACUGAGAUCAAAGAUUUGGAUUGGGAAAGCACUUUCUUUCUUCGCCAUCUCCCUGAGUCAAACAUUGCUGAAAUUCCCGAUCUCGAUGAUGAGUACAGGAAAGUAAUGAAGGAAUUUGCAGUGAAGUUGGAGAAAUUGGCAGAGGAGCUUCUUGACCUGUUAUGUGAGAACCUUGGACUUGAGAAAGGGUACCUGAAAAACACAUUUUAUGGGUCAAGAGGACCAACCUUUGGGACAAAGGUUAGCAACUACCCACCUUGCCCCAAGCCAGACCUAAUUAAGGGACUCAGGGCCCACACGGAUGCUGGUGGCAUCAUUCUACUGUUCCAGGAUGAUAAGGUCAGUGGUCUUCAGCUUCUUAAAGAUGGGCAGUGGAUUGAUGUGCCUCCUAUGCGCCACUCCAUUGUUGUCAAUCUUGGCGACCAACUUGAGGUGAUUACCAAUGGAAAGUACAAGAGUGUGGAGCACCGAGUUGUGGCUCAGACAGACGGAACCAGGAUGUCAAUAGCUUCAUUCUACAACCCAGGAAGUGAUGCAGUAAUCUACCCAGCACCAGCUUUGUUGGAGAAAGAAGCAGAGGGGAAGAAACAAGCGUACCCAAAAUUUGUUUUUGAAGACUACAUGAAGCUCUAUGCUGGCCUCAAGUUCCAGGCUAAGGAGCCAAGAUUUGAAGCCAUGAAGGCUGUUGCAACAGCUUAAUUAAAGCUUUAUUUAGUUAAGUGAAAGAGCAACUGAUAUGUUAUUAUUAAUUAUUUAAUUAGAGUGAUAUUUCUUGAGUCACUAAAAAAAAAAAAAAAAAAAAAGAAAAGCAAGAAGAAAGAAGAAGAAGACAUGUGGCUGCUUCUUAAAGAGUCAAUAUCUUGUUGUAGUGGGUAUCAAUUUGUUGUGUAGAAAAAUGGCCAAAAAAUUUGCCAUGCUAUAAUAAAAAGAAAUUUACUUUUAAUGAAUA